AAAUAAUUAUCAUGCUAUAUACAAAAGCAAUAUUAUUUCUUUAAAUCAUACAAAUAUAUUACUAGUGUUUCAAUAAUGAAAUGAUUAAUGAAAGACAUUGAAAAGGAGGAAGACUAAUAAGACCAAUUUUUGGGCCAUGAAUGUUGCACUUUCUUAAGAACUAAAUAAACUAUUUUUAUUGUAUUUAUAUGUGUGUUUGUACAUCUGUAGUCUGGUUUAUAUUGUGUACUUGACAUGCCUACUAAAUAGUAACCUUCUGUUAAAUAAUCUUAAUAUUGACAAUGCAUAUGACGACGCAUUCAAUCAAUAUGAUAUGUCUUCUUGAUGAAUAUUAUACCAACUUAAUAUACUGUUGUUUAUAUACAUUGUCGAUAUUAAGAUUAUUUAAAAGAAAGUUACUAUUUAAUACAUGUAUCAAGUACACAAUGUAAACCAAGCCUGUGUAUGUGUGUGCGUGCAUGCAUGUAUGCAUGUCUCUAUGAGAACUAUCAUGACAGCAGAGUUUUAUAAAACUUAUUUUGUUAAUAACUUUUUAACAAACAAUGAACGACGGCUAAAACCUUUUGAAUGUUACUCAGGAUGAUGACCUUGACAACAUAUGUAAAGAUCAUCGUCCUCGCGGAAGGUGGUCCGUUUUUAUCAAUAUCAAUAUUUAUAUUUUUUUUAUAUAUAGGAUAUAUUUUAUAUAUAAUUUUAUAAUAGAAUAUUGUUUUUAUACAUAUAUUUAAUGCAAUAAAAGUUUAUAUAGUUCUAUAUAAAUAGUUUAUUUAGUUCUAAGGUUCUUGUAAAGAAGCAAAUAUUACUAUCGCCCAUUCUAUGACCCUCAUUACUCAAACUUUGAAGGCGCGUAACGCCUAGUUUCUCCCAAUGUAAAAAAGUUUUUAUAAGGUGUUUCGGAAAGCUCUCAACCUCAACUAUACGAAUAUUUCAUCAAGAAAGUGUGACAUUCAUGGCCCAAAAAUUGAUCUUAUUGGCUCUCCUCCUUUAUAAUCCUCCUUUAUCUCCUUUAUACAGGAUGUCAUGAUGAUCCUUGGUGAGAAUGUAGAACAGAUUGAGAAUCGGAAAGAGCGGCAAAAUUUACAUUCAGAUAUGUAUUUGACCCAUGGGUCCAAGGGACCCCUCAAGAUCAUUUCAAGCUCACAUUAUUUGAGCAUAGUAAUGAAUCACGAAGCAGGUGACUUGGUGAGAAACAUUUUAGACAAAAGAUUUAAGGUUUUGACCAAGCGAUUAGAUGGUGACCUUGUCUUUGACCUCGAGGUCAUUUUUCGAGGUCAACUUUUCUUUUUAAUGGAAACCCCUAUUUUUUAUUCCAGAAUCGGGAAGAGCGGGAAAUUUUACAUUCAGAUAUGAUUGAUGUGAAUAAUAAAAGCUGAAUAAUAAACUUUGGGUUUGAAACGAGAAAGGAGGAGGGUCCCUAAGACUUCUCAGGAUGUGUCAAAGAUCGAAGUCAAGGUCACCAACGAAUACCCCGUUCGAAACCCUACAACUUUCGUCCAAAACAUUUAUCUCGAACGUUAAAAAAAAAGUUGACCUUGAAAUGACCUCGAAAAAUGACCUCGAGGUCAAAGACAAGGUCACCAUCGAAUCGCUAGGUUAAAACUAUGCAACUUUUGUCUGAAUGAUUUUCUCGGAAAAUGCGAUCCUGGAAAUUUAUUUAGGG